UUUUUAGCAAUGAAUGCUGCAGACCGAUUUAGAUUGCAUAAAGAAAAGCAAGCAUUUCUGGACGAUUUAAGACCCAAAUAUAUUCUGACUUAUCUGGUGGAAAAUUCAAUUCUUUCCAAGUACGAGAGUGAAUUGAUAUCGUCUGAGAAGACACGACGAGAUCAAGUUGAGAAACUUUUUGAAAUUCUGCCUAAAAAGAGCCCAAAGGCAUUUAAAUAUUUUAUUGAAGCUUUAAAUGAAAAAGACAGAUAUGGCUGCGCAAACUAUCCUUGGCUAGCUGAGAAAUUAGCUCAGCAAGAUGAGGUUGAUUUAAAUAGGAAAGUUCAUGAAACUCUUAUUCAAGGUGGGGUACCCUUCCCCACGAAUUUUCUUUUUCGAAGGGAAGAAAAAAUACGUGAAAUUCGUAACCAUUUGUGCAUUGCAUCCAGGGAAGAUAGGCAAUGGGUCAUACUUUAUGGAAUGACCGGAACCGGAAAGUCCGUCCUAGCUGCAGAAUGUCUGCGUUGCAACGAACUCAUUGAGCAGCAUUAUUCAGGAGGCAUCUUCUGGAUUUCUAUUGGACGAAUAAAAGAUGACAAUGCUUUAUGGCUGAAAAUGAAACGUUUGUUUAAUCUCCUAGGCGUCAAUAAGGAAUUGUAUGCCAGUGAGGACUUGCAGGAUUUAACCAUAGUUAUCCGGAAAGAAAUAAUUAAAAGAAAAAAGAUCCUUCUCGUUUUAGAUGAUGUCUGGGACAAGAAAGUCAUCAAGGCAUUUGAUAUUGGUUGUCCGGUGUUAGUAACAACCAAGCUGAAAGAUGUUCUGCAAAACGACUCGAAGUAUUAUACUUUUAUCGAGUGCAAGAAUGAUUGGAGCGUUAAUGAAAGUAAAGAAUUACUUUCUUUGUACGUUAAUUGUGAUCGUGAACAAUUGCCUGAUUUCGUUGAUUACAUCUGUGAAAAAUGUAAAGGUUCUCCUAUGACUAUAAGUUUAAUAGGGAGUAUGAUGAGUGAGCAUGGUAACAACUUCAAACGUUGGGAAAACUUGAAGAAUAAACUUGAGAAAGGAAUUUCAAAAACAAUACGUCAAAGACAUGGAUCUGGUGAUGGUUUAAGUGAUAUUAAAGAAAUUGUCCGAUUCAGUUUUGAACCUAUUCAAGAACUGUGGAAAUAUUUUUUGGACUUCAUAAUAUUUCCUGAUGAUAUCUUUGUUCCUAAUAAGGUAUUUGAAGUUAUGUGGGGAAUGGACUCAUUCGAAGUGGAAGAUAUUUUGCACAAUCUUCAUAGCAAAUCAUUAGUACAGAUUGAAAAGGACUCAUUUGAUGAUAGCUAUGGUUAUUGCAUUCAUGACCUGUACUUAGAAAUUUUGAAAGAAGAUCAUCCGGAUGAAUCUCUUUCGGAUCUCAUUUCGACCGGUGGAUUGGAAUCAGUUGAUGCCAGCAGAUCAGAAUCAGUUGAUAUCAGUGGGUUGGAAUUCGUUAUUGUCGGCAGAUCGGAAUUCGUUGAUGGCGGCGAAUCGGAAUUCGUCGAUGAAUACCAUAAGAAAUUAGUUAACAGUUAUAUGAAUCUCUGCAAGCAAGAUAAUGGUGAAUACAAUUUUAGCUUGCUGCCACAGGAUGGUUAUAUUCACUAUCAUAUUGGAUAUCACAUGUAUCAUGCACUAGAAUAUGAAAAGUUGGAAACUUUAUAUUUAGACUUUCAAUUCAUCGAGACGAAAUUGCAUUUAGAUCCAAAGGAUUUGUCGUGGGACUACAUAGCAUAUAGCUUCUGCUUUCAGAAUAUUUAUUUAAGUUCAACAGGGGAAGAAGUGCAAACUUUAUCCGGACACAAGGAUGUCAUAAAUUAUUGUUCUUUCAAUUCCAAGGGAGACAAAUUGGCAACGGCUUCAUCAGACAGAACAGUUAAAGUCUUCGAAAUCAAUACUUCUGAGUUGUUAAAUAUGAAACCAAAGAGAAAGAGAUCUUCUAUUCCUGUCCCUUUUGUAAACAACCAUACACAAGAUAAAUCUGCAUUAAGUUUUGAAGAACACUGUUCUGAUGCUAUUUGUUGUGCCUUUUCUCCUAGUGAUGCUCAUAUAAUUUCUAGCGAUAAUAUAGGAAUUGCAUACGUUUGGGAAACUGCUACAAAACAUAUAAAGCAUAAAAUCAUUCAUUCAUAUCGAGGUGAACCUGUAAAUUACUGUUGCUUUAAUCCUGAUGGCUCCCAAGUUGGAACAGCUGCCAACGAUUCAAUCAAGCUAUGGAAUUUCAAAACUGGAUUCUUGAAAAUUACCUUCAGUCACGAUGACUUUCUAGUCCGCAAGUUUUGCUUCACCAAAAAUGGAAAUAACUUGCUAUCAGUGUGUAACAACAUCAUUUAUUGUUGGGACAUGUCAGGUGACUGUACUCGUAUCAAAACAGGACCCUCGAAGCCUUUUGAAAUAUGUUGUUGCUGCAUUUCCCCCGAUGGGAAUUACUUGGCUUACGGGACGUCUCUUUCCUCUGUUUUCGUGAUUAAUGUAAAUACGCAGAAAAUCAUUGACAGCCUCAAAGGUCAUUCGGAUGCCAUUCUGAAUGUGAUGUUCUCAAAUGAUGGAAGGAGGUUGUUGUCGUUGUCUGAAGAUAGGUUCAUCGUUCACGAUAUGAGCUCAGUGAAGGAUGCUUCAUUGGUCAGCUUUGAAGGAUGUUUGAGCGUCAGAAUGAAUAAAGAUCUGUCCAUUUCAUGUGCUCAUUCUUUAAAUCGUGUGGAGUGUAAAAUGGAAUUAACUACAUUAUUUGAGCAGACUGUCGACUGUGCAUGA